GGAUCAUCUGCAUGCUAUAAAUGCAUGUCCAUCGCCUACCGGCUUCAGUGGACACGGCAGCAUCGCCGUGACAAUGUCGCCUGACGUGCCUCUGUUCAUGCAGGUUUUCUGCGCAUGCCUAAGCUUCAUCACUGGGGGUGCAGCAAAAUCUUUCGACCCUGGACGCCCUAAGCUUCGCUACGAUACCGGCCUACCACGUCACUUCUGUGUGGGCGGUGUUUCCGGCCAGUUCGCUGAGGGCACCAGCACCCUGGAGCAUCGACACGUGGAUGGCCUUUUUCACUUUCCAUCUGGGGGCACGAUGACGUCACGACGCAUGCUCACAAGGGAUCAUCUGCAUGCUAUAAAUGCAUGUCCAUCGCCUACCGGCUUCAGUGGACACGGCAGCAUCGCCGAGACAAUGUCGCCUGACGUGCCUCUGUUCAUGCAGGUUGGUGACCAUAAAAAUGGCUUCCAUAGUAAUGUUCUUGGUCUUAUAGUGCUGCCGUGUCCACGAGUUGUCUUUGACUGUAUAUGUGAGUGUUUUUCCAUUGCGGGCUUGUUGUUGGGUCUCUCUGGGGAUGUAGAGAAGAAUCCAGGACCAAUAACGGAAGAUUUGUGCAGGGAAUUGCUCCAAAAUCAGAAAGAAAUUUUGUCUAAACUUACUGCGGUUCAGGAAAAGCAAGACUCGUUUGAAACAAGAUUCCUAGAAAUGCCGAACCGGCUUCUCGUUAUUGAAACUAAGGUUCAAAGCUUAGACGAGACUCGGAACAGACUUGCAACUCUUGAAGAAACUGUGGCCGGCCGCAGUCUCGAAACGUCUAGUCUGGUCAAACAGGUGGAUGACUUGGAUAAUCGUUCACGACGAAAUAACCUUAUCAUUAGAGGAGUAGCAGAAGAGGAAAAUGAAAAGGAAGAAACACUCGUAAGAAAAGUAAAAGACGAUAUCUUUAACGCUACUCUGAAAGUGAAUGUGAAUUCUAUUGAUAGAAUUCACAGAUUAGGUAAGAAACUUUCUGGUAGAACUCGUCCUGUCAUCUUGAGCGUGGCAGACUAUAGAGAUAAAAUAAAAGUUCUGCAGAAUUGCUCGAAACUGAAGGAUACUGAUUACAGUAUCAGCGAGGAUUUCUCUAAAAGAGUACAGGGAAUACGAAAAAAGCUAUGGGACUCGGCAGGUGAUGAAAGGAAGGCAGGAAAAAAGGUAAAGCUUGUUUUUGAUAAAUUGAGGGUAAACAACACGCUGUACAGCUGGAAUGAAGAGCGUGAGGAAAGGUGCAAACUGGGAAGUCAUUCAGGAACAAGAGAUAAUUUACAUAUACCGGGUCGACAUGUUGGCUUCAAAAUAAUUAAUGUAAACGCGAGAAGCGUACUAAACAAAACACACUCGCUUGAAGCUUUAGUUAUUGAUCAUGAACCUGAUAUUGCCGUAAUUACGGAAACUUGGUUACAUAAAAACAUACCUGAUAGCGAAAUCACCCCACCUGGUUACACGUUGGUUAGAAGGGAUCGAGAUGGGAGAGGUGGAGGCGUGGCUCUUCUCGUCAAGCGAAACAUCGUUUUUUCCCCUUUAGAAGUACCGGCCUGCAAGGAACUGGAGAGGGUGGGCCUGGCGCGAUUAGAGUGGAUUGUGGUGCAGAUGCAGUUCUUCCCAGAAGAGCAAUCGGGCUUCAGGCGCUACCGCUGCACGGCGGAUUCAAUUGAGGACGUUCUCGCCACUCUCGGAGAUGUCAGGAGCUGCGGGGACGUGGUCAUGCUGCUACUGCUGGAUGUGGAGAGCCCAUUCGACGGCCUCUCACAUUCAGUCGUCGAGGCCGCCCUGGACAGGCUCGUCAUCAACGGGUGCCUCCGGGGUUUCGUCAUCGCCUUCCUGACUGAGAGGACAUUCCGCGACCGUGUUGCUAAGGAGCUGAGCGAACCCAGGGACAUCCCAGCAGGUGUCCCACAACGGUCAGUGCUCAGCCCCCUCCUAUUCAUCAUGGCGCUGGCGGGACUACCGGCCUCACUCACAACCGCCGCACGGUUCGCGGCCCGCUGCUCCAUAUUUGCGGAUGAUGUGGCACUAUGGGUGCAGGGACCAAGGCGGUGA